GUGCAGUCUGCGUCCAGGCAGUAGACGAUAAUUGCACUCUGCGAUAUCUUACAGGGUUUGGGCACACUUCAACCUGAUUGCACCGAACAUCCCGCCACCUCGAGGUCGGCGCUGUCCCGUCAGCUGCUUAUUGCGCCGGUUUCCAACUCGCUCUCGAGCACGACUAACCCUUUCCCAGAUCCAGGCACCCGUCUGCGCCUGCCAAGCUCACCGCUGCAGUUGCACCUCAUACUAAGGUAGGACGGUUCGUCCUCCUGUCCGCCCUGUCCGAUCCACGCCUCUCGUCCUUUUUGGAAACUCACAUGCCCGUGUCUGUGGUUCCAGCGUAGCCUUCACUCUCUCCCGCUUUUCCGGAGAGAUCUUGGCCAUGGACACCACUCAACCGGCACCGCCUCCCGCCCCGCCGCGUCAUCCCCCCCAUGUGAGCGCCGAACCGACGGAUACGGGCACACAACAUUCCCCGAUGCCCCCGUCGUCACCGCCGACCGCGCCGGCGCACGCCAGCCACGAUGAUCGCGCCGUGCGUCGAGUGUCGAGGAAGUUGCAAAAGAAGCGCCGGGACGGCGAGCAUACCCCCACGAUGGAGCUCCCAGAUCGCUUAAAGGACCACGGCGAUCAGGCCGACAAUGAAGAGGAGGUGCUCCGUCCCCAGGGCUACGGCGGCGGCAUGUUUAUGAAUAUGAACCAGAGCAUAUUCGGGUUGAUUGCUGCUGCCGGCAGCCAAGCUGACUUUGCGGAUCGCUUUGAGGGUCAUAGCUCCGACGACGAGGACGACUCUGAAAUCCCAAUGGCUAAGACAAUCGCGGGACCAAAGGCGUUGGGGCGUGCAUCAUCCCCGGCCCAUAGCCUGGCUCACACAACAGUCCUUCUACGGCAUGGCCCGGGCCGGUUAAAGAGUGAGCUGAAGACUGAGCUCCGCCAUCGAAAGAAGAUGGUAGAGAGUCGUCUGAUGCGGUCUGUCCCGGGGCUUGCGCGGAUCACCGAUAAGAUCAAACACAAGUCAGCCAAGGUCAAGUCAGAUGCGCACGGGCAGAUGCAUGAGGACAGUGCUGCAGAGGCUGGAGCGUCGGCUAUUUCAGACUUCACGCCCAGCAUCGAGAUCACCCGAACCGAGUCCAGGACAGCGCCCGUCAUGAGCAGGAUGCUGGAAGCCCGUGCCGAGUUGGCAGCGCGGCCCAGCUUUGAUCUUGACAGAUUGUCCGACGAGCCCUCGCAGAUUACCGACGCAGGCGACUCGGGGCCGUCGGAGCUCGCCAAGAGGCUCAAAGAUAUCUUCGAGUUUGACCGGCCAGAGGAAGUCAUCGAGGAAUACCCCUGCUGGCUCCUGCAACAUGUCCUCCUCCAGGGGUACCUGUACAUCACUGCGCGGCACAUCGCGUUCUACGCGUACCUGCCCAAAAGAGGCAACGACGUUAUCAAGUCGGGCUACCUGUCAAAGUCUGGCAAGCGGAACCCCAAGUACAACCGAUACUGGUUCCGCCUCAAAGGCGAUGUCUUGUCCUACUACCGCGACCCCCAAGAUUUGUACUUUCACCAGGGCCACAUCGAUUUACGAUACGCCAUUUCGGCAAACAUCACCGAUAAGGAUAAGGAAGGGGUCAACUUCGCCGUCGUCACAGACCAACGCACAUAUUAUUUUCGAGCCGACAGCCCCCAGAGCGCCAACGAGUGGGUUAAGAGCCUGCAAAGGGUCAUUUUCAGGUCGCACAACGACGGCGACAGUGUCAAGAUUUCGCUGCCGAUCGAGAAUGUCAUCGACAUUGAGGAAACCAAUAUGCUCGACUUCGCCGAGACGUGCAAGAUCCGCGUCAUCGACAACGACGAGACAUACGCUAUCGACGAGUAUUUCUUCUCCUUCUUCACUUUCGGCAAGGAGGCUAUCAACAUCCUGAAAAUUCUUGUCGAGGAUGCGUCUUCUCAGGCGCAAGGGGCGAGUGGCCAGGCAGAGCCAAGCUCUGGGGAGCAGUCCUCCAAGAGAACCAGCGGCAGCUUCAACCGAGAGCAAGCGCCUAAUCUCAGUAUUCGCACAGGCAAACUCAGUGAAGGCGUCAAGGCCACUCUCUCCCCGAUGUCGCCCAAAGGCGUCUCCUCGCCGAGCCCACGGCCCAGCGCUGAUCUCCCGCGUACCAGCUUUGAUGCCUGCCGACCGUUUACCAGACGAAGCAUGGAUAUUCAGCAAAGUGCGAUGCACUACGCGCUGCACUCGGGGACGCCGCGCCGGAGCUUCAGCGGCAGCCGUCGGUCUCUCAGCAGGAGCCGCCAGGACGGCAACGAGAGGCAAGAGAGCAGCGACUCGUACGUGCAGAGCAUGGGUGACCCGAGCCAGGCUAGCCUUUCGGCGCUGGUCGCCUCAGCCAGCACUGAGGAUGCUUCGGCGAGCCAAAUCUUGAAGGGAAGCGACGUGUUUCACAGCCCAACCAUCCACCGGGCCAUGCGUGCUCACGACGGGCAGCAUCCCUUGUCCCCAACCCAUGCGGUGCGGCAUACAUCCACGCCUGUGAGCAAGCAGCCGACUCAUUCUCAUUCGGCUCCUGCCCAGGGUUCAAUCGCCGAGGCGAGAGAGGCCGAGGCGAUGCCGACUACACCAACUCUCCAGACCAUUGCUACCAUGGGAGGCUAUCCUAUUCGCAAGGCAAAUGCCUUCAUUGGGUACCUAGACCGGCACACUAGGCACAUGAGCAACCUGCUAGCCACAGAAUCUAUGGGCUACGUGGAGAAGGUCUCUGGCAUGUGGAAGGGGGGCGGGAAGCACUAUGACGAGCCAGCGGGGCUGCGGACAGACGAUGAGGAUGGCGAAGACGACCCGGAGGAGCGUGCGAAUUCUGAAGCCCGGUUCCGAGCCCAUUUCGCUUUGCCUGAGAGCGAAAGGCUCCAAGCUACCUACUUUGGGCACUUGAUGCGCGUCCUGCCACUCUACGGAAAGAUCUACAUUGGCGACCGCCACUUUUGCUUCCGGAGUCUGCUGCCCGGUACACGCACCAAGCUCAUCCUCCCGCUGAGGGACAUCGAGAAUGUCGACAAGGAGAAGGGGUUUCGGUUUGGCUACGCCGGCCUUGUCGUUGUCAUUCGCGGCCACGAGGAGCUCUUCUUCGAGUUCUCCAGGGCCGAGGUGCGAGAUGACUGCACCAUCACCAUGCUCCAGAGCCUGGAAGCCACGAACUACCUCCGCGACUCCAGCCCAGUCGACAACCCUGAGUAUGAGGUCGCCCAAGCCGCCGUAGCUGAGCACGACGCGUUGCAGAAAGCACGCAAUGAUGAGUUCGUCGACCACGCCGUCCAGCUGCCCCACGAAGCGUCCUCCGCCUCAGAAGCACCCACAAUCCUUUUUGACGACCCCAAGGCCUCCUUCAUCAACUUCAAACCCGCCCACUCGAUGAAAAUCACAUGCCUCACCAUCGGCUCCCGGGGCGAUGUCCAGCCCUACAUCGCGCUCUGCAAGAAGCUCCUCGCCGACGGCCACCGCCCGCGCAUCGCGACUCACAGCGAGUUCAAGCCCUGGAUCGAGUCGCACGGCAUCGAGUACGCCUACGUGGGCGGUGACCCGGCAGAGCUGAUGCAGCUGUGCAUCCAGAACGGCACCUUCACGUGGGCCUUCCUCAAGGAAGCCAACGCCAAGAUGCGCGGCUGGCUCGACGACCUGCUCGCCACCGCCUGGCGCGCCUGCCAGGGCAGCGACCUGCUCAUUGAGUCGCCCUCAGCCAUGGCCGGCAUCCACAUCGCCGAGGCCCUCGGCAUCCCCUACUUCCGCGCCUUCACCAUGCCCUGGACCCGCACCCGCGCUUACCCGCACGCCUUCAUCAUGCCGGGCCAGAAGAUGGGCGGCGCGUACAAUUAUGUCACCUAUGUCAUGUUUGACAAUGUCUUUUGGAAGACCACCGCCCACCAAAUCAACCGCUGGCGCAACAACAUGCUCAGCCUGCCCAACACCAGCCUCGAGAAGAUGCAGGUCAACAAGGUGCCGUUCCUGUACAACUUCAGCCCCUACGUCGUGCCACCGCCGCUGGACUACAGCGACUGGAUCCGGGUCACGGGGUACUGGUUUCUUGAUGAGGGCGGCGACAAGUGGACGCCGCCGGCGGAGCUGACCGAGUUCAUCGAGCGCGCUCGCCGGGACGAGAAGAAGAUCGUCUACGUCGGGUUCGGGUCCAUUCUCGUGCCAGACCCGGCCAAGAUGACGCAGGAGGUGAUUGAUGCCGUGCUCAAGGCGGACGUGAGGUGUAUUCUGAGCAAAGGGUGGAGCGAUCGGCUGCCGAGCAAGAAGGAUAAGGAUGUAGGGGAGAUUACAGUUGGGUUUGAGGCAGACAAGAAGCCCGAGCCGGAGCUGCCACCUGAGAUUUUCCAGAUCCAGUCGGCGCCGCAUGACUGGUUAUUUAGGCAGAUUGAUGCCGCUGCGCACCACGGAGGCAGCGGUACCACGGGCGCUAGCUUACGCGCGGGCAUACCGACCAUCAUCCGGCCGUUCUUUGGCGACCAGUUCUUCUUUGGGACUCGGGUUGAGGACUUGGGGGUCGGGAUCUGUCUCAAGAAGUGGGGCGCCAAUUCGUUUGCCAGGGCACUGUGGGAAGCGACUAACAGCGAGCGGAUGAUUGUCAAGGCACGGGUGCUCGGGGAGCAGAUUCGUAAGGAGAAUGGCGUCGAUGCGGCUGUCCAGUGCAUCUACCGCGACCUGGAGUAUGCCACGAGUUUGAUCAAGUCCAAGACUGGCAAGUAUCAGAAGGGGGUUGGUGCGACCGCGGGAACGGCCACGGACGGAACCGCGUCGAUGACACCUGGGGCGGACCUGCUGGAGGAUGACGAAGAGGAGGAGAGCUGGACGUUUGUGGGCGGUGACGCCGAGACCAUCGAUGACCUCUCUGCCGAGGGCAUCAUGAAGAGGACGCUGCCGGAUCUGAGCCCUGGUGUUCCGGGGCUGAGGGCGAGGCCUCUGGGGAGUCGGGUGUUGGGCGGUGCUGUUGAGACUGGGGUGGGGGUGAAGAUUGCUCGGUCGGGUUAGACUGGGGGCGGAGCCUCAUUGUGAGAUUUCUGGUCGUGUUUACCCUGGGGCUUCCUCUCUCACUUUGAGUUUCCAUCUUGGAUGUGCCAGGUUUUUCUUUUGCACUCCUUUUUCCACUUCGGCGGACUGGAGCACCCAUGGGGAGGUGCACCCCCAUCUGGCUUAUGGGUUAGAAUCGGCAUUGGAGUAUGGAGAUGAUCAUGACAUGGUGACGACUGGGGACAUGACGGGCGCGGCCGUUCGACUAUAAUAGAGACGACAUCAGAUUGGCUUGGGCUGGACUGCAUUGGAUCGACUACAUAAUAUUAUGCCUGUCUCCCUUGAAAUGGUCCACAGUUGAAUCCUUACAGGAUCUUGGGACAUCCGGGGCAAGAAUAGAGGAAUAGG